AAAGUAAACCACAAAUUUCGAUUUUGUACGAACAGCAAAUAUGGCAUCUCCCAGGCAGAAACGUGUGACUAGAAAAAGUAAAGAAACCUCACUACCCGAGACUGUUGCUUUAGAUGAAGAUAAACAAAAAUCGUUUGAGACGAAAUUAAAGACGAUAAAGAAAAAUAGCAAAGAGUUGACAUCACCAGGUGUUGUAUAUCUUGGUAAUAUACCUCAUGGAUUCUUUGAACCUCAAAUGAAGGAUUUCUUUCGCCAGUUUGGGAAAGUAACAAGAUUAAGAUUAUCUCGUAGUAAAAAGAGUGGUAAAGGCAAAGGCUAUGCUUUUAUAGAGUUCCAUUGUGAUGAGGUUGCCAAGAUAGUUGCUGAAACAAUGAAUAACUAUUUGAUGUUUGAAAGAUUGCUUAAAUGUAAAUAUGUACCCAAAGAAGAACAGCAUCCUACGUUGUUUAAAGGUGCACAAAGACAAUUUUCAAAACCCAAAUCUCAUUUGCUAGCCAUAAAACGUCACAACACAAAAAAUCAGGACAAUAAACAAACGUCUACAGCUAAACGAUUUCUGAAAGGUCAUCAGAAAAGAAUAGCUGCUUUGGCUAAAGUUGGAGUGAAAUUGAAGAUAAAAAAUGUUGAAUUAGCUGUGGCAGAAGCAAAAAAAACUAAAGAGGGUAAACCAAGUAAGGAAACAGAAUCCAGUAAUAAAGAAGGCCAAGUGAAUCAGAAGGCAGUUGACACAGAUAAAGAAACAGAAAUUCCAAAUGUUGUAGAUACGCCACCAAAUAAAAGAAGAAGGAAAAUAAAUGAAGUCAAAAGUGAACCAACUAAAACAUUGAAAAGAAAACGCUUAGAAAAGUCUGGACAAUCAACAAGCAAGAAAAUAAAAAGUUUGAAAUCACUUAAGAAAACUCCUGUUAAAAAGUUAAAAUUGUCUAUAUAAAUAAAAUUUCUUUUACCUUGCAA